CGCUGAAGACCCAAGUAUGUUUUAAGACAGUUUGCUAGUUUACUUUCUGAAGUCAAAUUUCAUACAUUUCGGUGCUGCGAUGCCGAUAUUUCUGAACAUAAGCGUUUAACUUCAACCGACAGCCAAGCACCGGCCACCGACACUGACCGCACAUGCGCACAGCGCACACUCCGGAUCUGUUGGGUUUGAACUGAGCAGACGGGCUGAUCCCUUUAUCGCUCCAGCCUAGCGUAGCCUAGCCUAGCCUAGCCCAGCCCAGCCCAGCUCAGCUCAGCUCAGCUCGCCUCUCUCCUUCUCCUCCAGCUGUUGCCUCUUCGGCACACACCACUUUUAAAUGUAGGACCAGGACAAGAUGGCGGAUAUUUCGCUGCUUCAGGACGAGUCCCAGGAGGAGAUAGACGGAUUUGGUGUGGAUGACUACAGCUCAGAGUCUGACGUCAUUAUUAUACCUUCAGCCUUGGAUUUUGUAUCGCAAGAUGAGAUGCUGACGCCCUUGGGCAGACUGGAUAAAUACGUCGCAAGCGAAAACAUAUUUAACAGACAGAUGGUGGCCCGGAGUUUGCUGGAUACGCUAAAAGCAGUUAGCGAGGAUGAGAGGGAUUGUAUUGCAGUGCUGGAGAGAGUAAGCAGACUUGCUGAUGACUCGGAGCCCACAGUUCGAGCAGAGCUUAUGGAACAAAUUCCUCAUAUUGCCAUUUUCUGCCAAGAGAACAGACCUUCCAUUCCAUUCGCGUUUUCAAAGUAUUUACUGCCCAUUGUGGUGAGAUACUUAGCCGACCAGAACAACCUGGUUAGGAAGACAAGCCAGGCAGCCCUCCUGAUGCUUCUGGAGCAGGAACUGAUAGAGCGAGUAGACAUUGAGAACCUUGUCUGUCCUGUUCUGGUAGACCUCACUGCUCCGGACAGCAAUGAUGAUGUUAAGACUGAGGCAAUGGCGAUUAUUUGUAAAAUGGCACCCAUGGUGGGAAAGGACAUCACAGAGCGCCUCUUCCUUCCACGUUUUUGUGAGAUGUGCUGUGACUGUAGGAUGUUCCAUGUACGCAAGGUUUGUGCAGCAAAUUUUGGGGAUAUUUGUAGCGUUGUUGGGGGAGAAGCAACAGAAGAAUUACUGCUGCCUCGUUUUUUCCAACUAUGCUCAGAUAAUGUGUGGGGGGUGAGGAAGGCUUGUGCAGAGUGCUUCAUGACUGUGUCCUCAGCAACCUCUCAGGAAGUGCGCAGGACCAAACUCUCGUCGCUUUUCAUCAACCUCAUCAGUGAUCCCUCUCGCUGGGUGCGGCAGGCUGCGUUCCAGUCUCUGGGCCAAUUCAUCUCCACGUUUGCCAGCCCAACAACUAAUGUGGGCCAGUACUUCAGAGAGGGGGCAGAGGAGGCCGACUGGAGCAGCCAACAGUCACACAAGCAGGCUGCUGAGAAAUCUUCAAACACUACUGCACCUGCUGCAGGUUGCUCCCCCACCUCUUCCACAGAAGACAAUGCUCAGAGGCUCCUACAUGAGCAAACUGUCUCCCCACAGCAGGAUUGCAUUUCCCAGAAUCCUCCGUGUACUCAGGAGCACUGUGAGGGUCAGCUGUGCAGAUCGGAGCAGGAGGGUGUGGAUGUAGCUGUAGAGGGGGGAGGGGAGCAGGUUGCUGAUGCUUUGCCUCUGGAGGAGUCCUGCUGCGAAGUUGACUCAGAGAGGUCCAGUCCAAAGUGCCUUUCUGGGCCAAAUGAUGUAGACCCAGGUCCAUUUGGAGAGGAACAUCAGUCUUUACCAGCCGGAAACUUCACAGCACAAGAAAGCUACUCAAACUCUGAAGUCCCUACUGCUGAGGCUUCCACUCACCCAACCCAGGCCACCCAUGAGGAUGACCCACAGGAGAAGGUCUCUGCUUCUGAAGUAGAUCCCAGUUCAGAAGUUAAUUCCCCUGCACUAUCAUGCCCUGUGGCAGAGAAAGUGGAGAUUCCAGAGCAGGAGCUGUAUAACUCGUUUCACUACUGGAGGACACCCAUUCCACAGAUAGACCUUGACCUGGAGCUUUUGGAGCAGCAGUGCAACAGUGGUGAGGUCUCUAGUAAUAGCCCCUCUUCCCAGGUUUCCACACCUGCUUUGGGCAGGAAGCAACUAGAGGAGCUCAUUGAGAACUUGGAGCCCCACAUAGAUGACCCUGAUGUGAAAGCACAAGUAGAUGUGUUAACUGCUGCUCUGAGAGCCACUUCUUUGGAUACUCACCUUGAGGAAGCGUUCCUGGAGCCCAGACAGGCCAAUGACAACCCCUUUGGCUCUCGCCAUGUCCCUCUCAUUGACUCUUCUGAUGUAGAGAGCCGAGACUCCACCUUACCAAUGAGUCACGGUGAUGAGUCAGAGUUAAGUGACAGUAGCAGUCCAGAGGAGGAGAAAAAAUCCAAGCAACAGGAUGUGGUCCCUCAAGCUCUGUUGGAUCAGUACCUGUCUAUGACGGACCCAUCCCGGGCUCAGACAGUUGAUAUGGAGAUUGCCAAGCACUGUGCCUACAGCUUGCCAGGCGUGGCUCUCACACUAGGCCGCCAGAACUGGCACUGCCUCAGAGACACCUUCGAGACACUUGCCUCUGAUAUGCAGUGGAAGGUGCGGCGGACUCUGGCCUUCUCUAUACAUGAAUUGGCACUAAUUUUAGGUGACCAGCUAACUGCUGAGGACCUGGUGCCUAUUUUCAACGGAUUCCUAAAGGACCUGGACGAGGUGCGCAUAGGAGUCCUCAGACACCUCUAUGACUUCCUCAAGCUGCUGCAUCAGGAAACUAGGCGGAAGUACCUGUACCAACUGCAGGAGUUCCUGGUCACAGACAACAGCCGGAACUGGAGAUUCAGAUCAGAGCUAGCAGAGCAGCUAGUCUUGCUGUUGGAGCUGUAUAGUGGGCAGGAUGUGUAUGAUUACCUGAGGCCUCUGGCAUUCUGCCUCUGCACAGACAGAGUGUCCUCAGUACGGUGGACCUCCUACCGACUGGUCAGUGAGAUUAUUAGGAAGCUUUCCACAUGCCCGGCACUGCUGGUGGAUUUCCUUGGUGAAUUAGUGGAUAAAUUCUGUCACUCUCCUAAAUGGUCAGGGCGCCAGGCUUUUGCCUUUGUAUGUCAGCUUGCUAUAGAGGAGGACUGUGUGGCAUUGGAGCAGUUCUCAGAGCACCUGCUGGCUCCUCUGCUGCAGCUGGCAUCUGACCCUGUGCCCAAUGUCCGUGUGCUGCUAGCCAAGACCUUGCGCCAGAGCCUGAUGGAGCGAGAGUAUUUCCUACACUCGGCCAACUCGCACCAAGAGGCUCUGGAGCAGACCCUAGUGGCUCUGCAGAUGGACAUGGACAAGGACGUCAAAUAUUUUGCCAGCGUGCACCCAGGAAGCACACGCAUUAACGAGGACGCCAUGAGCACCACUUCCUCCACCUACUGAGGGGCAUGGACUGACCUCUACCAAGGGCACAAAGACUGAGAAAUAUUUGCUCGGGGAACAGCUUCAACCAACUCUAAUUCCCUUGAGAGCAACUCACUACAACAUUGUUUAUGUGCGUUUUUUGCCACAGAAGCCUUAAAAGUGUCUUCCUUAAAACCAGAGAAUACUUGAAUAUCUGGAGCUGUCAAAACAUCAACAAACUACAACAAAUCAGUCAAAAUGUCAACAUAUCCCAAAACCAUGCAGUGGGUGACCUUGAUCAUCUUUCCCCUAUCCUCCUCUCCUGUAGUCUCAUACUGAUGGACCUUCAUUUCUCUCCUCUGUAGCCGGGCGCCAGUAAUUCUUAGCUUUACAAAAACCUGUUAGCAGGAAAGACUGUAGCACCAAGCUGUUCCCUCAUUUUAUCUCCUUUAUUUUUGUUUUGAUACUGUACUGUGUGAACGACUCAUAUGCUGCAGAUAAAUUCAAAGUGGAGAGUGUGUAACCGCCUCAGCCUUUUCUUCCCAGCGUGGUCUGGGAGCUGCCGAUUGAUGAAGCACGGUUUUUCAAGGGCUCGAGCCGCCAUUGUUUUAAAGUCUAGUGCAGCACAUUGUUGUACCCGUGGACACGGGGCUCCCCUGGCACGCAGGGGUCCAGGUCCUAAUGGAAAAACGAACUGUUGUAUUUUUUAAACCAAAAUGACAAGCGGUCCAUUUAGCAGAGUUAUGUGGAAAUUAAACAUUGAAUCAGUGUGGUUGUCGCACAUCGCUUCAAACCCUGGGGUAUUUUAAACGUGAAAAAUAAAUGCUUCAUCAUGACCUACGCAUCACCUGUACUGUACAUAUCUUUAUCAACUGCUAUUUUUUUCCAUUUUGAUCAGUGAUCAUGAAUAGAAUUGUGAUAUAAUGUUCUCUUAACCUGUCCAAAAUAAAAGUUCAAAUUCAUUUUCUA